GGGGAAGGCGGGAGGGAGGGAAGAGGGAAUAAAGGCAUAAGGGUUGUCAGAGAGAGAAAAUAAAAAAAAUAAAAAAAGUGGAAGAGAUGCACAAGAGCUGCAUCAGUUCCUGCCGGCAAGGAACAAAAAACAUUGUGUUCGGGAAUGGGAGCUCGUGAGCUCAACCAUCAAGCGAGUGCAAAGAGAAACCAGGCAGACUUCAGUGUAGCUGAGCACCAAUCCUCUCUCUCUCUCUGUCCCUCCCUGCCUGUCUCUGUCAGCUUGGACCAAGCCUUGCGGGCGACGUGGAGGCUCCUGUGGUCGCUGCUCUGUGGGCUGCUCCCCUCCCUGCUGCCUCCGGCUGUGUUUGGACUAUGGUCCUGACUGAGAAGCAGGGCAUCACCCAGAUGCAGGGCUCUGACUGUAUGGGUGGUUAAGCCUAUAAAAUCACCAGCAUGGGAGCUAAACAGAUGAAAUGUCUCAGCUCAGCCAGCCCUGCUCACUCCCCCAAAGAGGAGUACGUUAUCACCCAGUCCACUGACACCCUUAAAGAAGAAACAGUCCAUGAUCAGUUUGAGAACCAGGGGGAACCUCUGGAAGACAAAUCUGAGCUGACAGAGAAGAAAUCUGUCCCAGAGGCAGUUGCUCUCUGUGGAUUUUGUCCCUCCCUUGGGUAUGAUGGGCAGGAGGAAGAAAAGUCCUGGGAGGAGCAGCUUGAUGCCCACCAGGAGCAGCUGGAGAAGGAAAUGCAGGAAGCCAGAAGGAUGGUGUUCCGCCUACAGGCUUUGCUGCUACAUGGUUCCCUCCCUGAGGAAGACCAGGAUGGAUCAGCCAGCUUCGGAGAUAACCGGGCGAGCACAGAACAGCAACUGGUUCUAAUCCGCAGUCGUCUAGACCAAAGCAUGGAGGAAGCCCUUGAUCUCAAGAGAGAACUCCUGAGGCACAAACAGGAAACACGACACAUUCAGGCUAUCAAGGAUGCUCUGCAGCAGCGUCUGGCAGUGCAGGAAGAUGCUGUGCUGCAGCUAAAGCAGGAACUACUGAGGUGCAGCAUGGCCAAAGAUCAGUUGGAAGGAGAAAAUGAAGAGCUCAAACGCAAGCUGAGCGAAAGAAACAAAGCACUCAGUGAAUAUGAGCAGCAGCUUGGGAGGAAGGACAGAAUACUGCAACAACAGCAGCAAAAGCUUGAUGAAGCUCAGCAUAAAGCACACGAAGUCAGCCAUGGACGGUCAUACAGGAGUGAAAGUGGUGGCUAUAGUAACUCAGUGGCAUCAACUUCCCCUCCGGCUUUCCAACACAAUGCUCCAGGUGAGGAGCUGCAGCUCGUCAGAGAAGCACUUCGCAGUUUAAGGGACAGUUUCUCGGGCCAUGACCCUCAACAUCACACUCUGGACACUUUGGAGCAGGGCGUGGCCAGUCUCAUGGACCGAUUGCACUCCUUAGACACCCAGCGCAGACAGGACAGAGGGGAGGAAUUUAAAUCACCAGGACGCAGAGCCAACUCAACAGACCGUGACUCCUGGCCGCCGAGCUCAAAAAUGGCACACUCACACAGCAGCCCGGGAUUAGAUGCUGCCAUCUCCACUAAAGUGCUCUACUUCACAGAUCGCUCACUCACUCCAUUUCUGAUUAACAUCCCAAAAAGGCUGGGUGAAGUGACACUUCGAGACUUCAAGGCUGCUGUAGACAGACAAGGCAAUUUCAGAUACCACUUCAAGGCCCUUGACCCAGAGUUUGGCACGGUGAAAGAGGAGGUAUUUCACGAUGGAGCAGUUGUGCCUGGCUGGGAGGGGAAGAUUGUAGCGUGGGUGGAGGAAGACCAUGGAGAGCGGAGGUAGAGCCCCAAACACCAGAGAUCGCCACUACAAACCUAAAACUGUUCCCACUAGACCAGGAGGUCACUAUAAACACAUGUGAUGCCAUAAGAAACAAUAGCUAUUAUAUAAUUAACUGGGACCAAUGGAUAUAAUGCCUCUAAAUACACAACCAUGUUUUAAAAAUGAAUGUUUCAUACCAAGAAUUUAAAGUUACAUUUGGGUAAUGGUUUGUUCAAUUGAAUGCAUAUUACACAAUGUUAAAUUUAACAAGUGGAAUUACAAUUUAUUGGUCAGUAAUGCAAUACUUGAAGCUUUAAAAUACAAAAGAAUGUUAGUUUUCCAUAAAGGCUGUAAUCAGUUCAUAACACAUGCACGUAAAAAUGAAAGUGUUUACUGACAUUUUUCACAUGUUCCAGAUUGCCAAAAAGUGAUGUUGUUCUGCAUCGAUUUUGAUGUUUUAAUAAACAUAAAUUAUUGCAUGGA